AUGUCUCAAGAGGCUGGUAUGUUUAGUGCCGGCGAUAUAGUUGCAACCCACGACAAGCCCGCAUUUUAUCCGGAAGUGGAAGCACUUCCAUUGCCGCAACACUUUCAAUGGGGAACCGCUACAGCGGCAUAUCAGAUUGAAGGCGGUGCCAGCCAAGAUGGGAAAGGUCCAUCCAUUUGGGAUACGUUCUCCCACCUGAGCCCUUCUCGCACCAACGGACAGAAUGCAGAUAUUACCUGCGACCACUACCACAGAACCACAGCUGACAUCAAGUUGAUGGCCUCCCUGGGGGUGGAUGUGUACCGUUUCUCGAUUGCGUGGUCCCGCAUCAUUCCACUGGGGGGUCGCAACGACCCAAUCAAUGAGCAAGGCAUUGCAUUCUACAGCAAUCUGAUCGAUGAAUUGUUGGCCCAUAACAUUGCACCCGUGGUGACCCUCUACCACUGGGAUGUGCCUCAGGCAAUAUACGACCGAUAUGGAGCCUUUCUCAACACCGAGGAAUUCCAGGCCGACUUUGAAAACUACGCGCAUCUAUGUUUCAGCCGAUUUGGAGAUCGCGUUCGGAAAUGGGUGACAUUCAACGAACCGUAUAUCAUUUCCAUAUUUGCCCACCUCAAUGGAACUCUGGCUCCAGGACACUGCCGUGAGGUCGGCACCGACACGAAAACAGAGCCCUGGAUUGUUGGACACACUAUCAUUCUCUCCCACGCCACAGUCGCGCUGAUGUACGCAAAUACAUUCCGUGAGUCCCAAAAGGGAGAGAUCUCCAUCGUACUGAACGGGCAUUAUUACGAACCGUAUGAUCAAGCGAGUAGCCAAGAUCAGGAAGCCGCCGAGCGCCGAUUGCUCUUUUACAUUGCCUGGUUUGGGGACCCCGUUUUCCUGGGGAAAGACUACCCUGCUGCCAUGCGCACCUACUUGGGGGCCCGCCUCCCUGCGUUCACAGCCAAGCAAUCCGAGCUCCUCCAGCGAGCUGCGCCGGUCAACACAUACUAUGGAAUGAAUCACUACUCCACCAAGUACGUCCGUGCGCUAUCUGAUCCGCCGGCUGAUGAUGACUGGACUGGCAACACGGAGGAGCUGUCCAUGAACAGCGAGGGUAAAGAGAUCGGGCCGGUCUCGGGCGUGGCUUGGCUUCGGGUUGCUCCAGAAGGCUUUCGAAAGUUGCUGAAUUGGAUCUGGAAGCGGUACCAACUGCCUAUUAUUGUCACGGAGAAUGGGUGUCCUUGUCCAGGCGAGGACGAUGUCUCCACGGCCGUGGAUGAUAAAUUUCGACAGUGGUACUUUGGCUUGUACCUAGAUGCGAUUUCUCGUGCUAUCUACGAGGAUGGGAUUGCCGUUGAUGGAUACUAUGCGUGGAGUUUGAUGGAUAACUACGAAUGGUCUGCUGGUUAUGGGCCUCGCUUUGGCAUUGUGCAUGUGGAUUUUGAGACUUUGGAGCGGACGACAAAGAAUUCGGGAUAUUAUUUGCGAGAUACUUUCAUCGAACGUAGAAGGCUAUCAUUGUAA